AUGUAUUUAUGUAUGUAUGCAGAUCCAGAUGCUGAGGUGAUAGCACUCUCUCCCAAGACUCUAAUGGCAACAAACAGGUUUAUAUGUGAAGUGUGCAACAAAGGGUUCCAAAGGGAGCAAAACCUACAGCUUCACAGAAGAGGACACAACCUGCCAUGGAAGCUAAAGCAGAAGACUAAUAAAGAGCCAAAGAGAAAGGUUUAUCUGUGUCCUGAGCCCACAUGUGUUCACCAUGAUCCUUCAAGGGCUCUUGGAGACCUCACUGGUAUCAAGAAACACUACUCUCGCAAACAUGGUGAGAAGAAGUGGAAGUGUGACAAGUGCUCCAAGAAGUAUGCUGUUCAAUCAGAUUGGAAAGCACACUCCAAAACCUGUGGCACCAGAGAGUAUAGAUGUGACUGUGGCACCCUCUUCUCAAGACGUGACAGUUUUAUCACUCAUAGGGCCUUUUGUGAUGCUCUAGCACAUGAGAGUGCAAGACACCCUUCCAACCUGAACCCUUUGGGAACUCAUCAUCUGUAUGGCACAAACCACAUGAGCCUAGGUCUUGGUGCCCAACUUCAGAACCAAACAGCCACUGCUAACAGCUUAUUGAGCCUAGGAAGUGCACCAAAGUUUGAGCACUUAAUCUCUCCUAAUCUGCACCACUCAUCUUCAUUUGGAGUGCAGUCACCACCCCAGUCAUCAUUCUUCAUGACUGACCCGAACCAAGCAUUUCAAGACCUUCAGUCUCAGCAGCAAGCACCAUUAUUCUCAACCAAACAACUCCAUGGUCUUAUGCAACUCCCUGAUCUUCAAGGAACCACCAAUAACUCCACUUCUGCUUCACCAGUGUCUGCUUCAGCUAAUAACGCCAAUCUCUUCAACCUCGGCUUCUUUCCUAAUACCAAUACCAGCGGCAGCAUAAUCAAUGACCAAUUCAGCAACAUAAGUGGAGGCAAUAACCAAGGAACAACAACAUUCUAUAGUACUAGUAGUCCUGCAAGUAACCAAGUUGGUUCAGGCUUCUCUUCACUCUUUGGAAAUUCAUCUUUGCCACAAGAUAACAUGUCCCCUCACAUGUCAGCCACUGCACUGCUUCAGAAAGCUGCUCAAAUGGGUUCAACCACAACCACCAAUGGUCCCUCCUCUCUACUGAGAGGAACAGAAGAAUUGGGUGUAAGGUCAGGCAUGGAGAAUGAGCGCAGUAACCAUCUACGCGGGUUGAUGAACUCUCUUGUCCAUGGAAACGCUUCCAUAUUUUGCAAUGUGAAAGGGAACGAAAACAACCUUGGCCAGUUUCACAACGUGGUGGAGGAGCCUAAGAAGAUGUCACAAAAUCUUGGUGUGUGCUUUGGAGGGUCUGAUAAGUUGACCUUGGACUUUUUGGGGGUUGGAGGAAUGGUCAGAAACAUGAACAGUAGUGGGUUCUCACAAAGAGAGCAACAACACUCCAUGGGAACUAUGAGCCCCCUGGAUCCUAAAUUGGAAUCAGCACAAGCAAACCAACAAUUUGGAACCUCAACACUCUAA